AUGAGCUGCUCGAGUCAGCUGAAACGUCUUCGAUUUGCAUGUUGCCAUAAUAUAUCAAGUGAAGGUUUGAUUGAAGCAGUUAAAAAACUGCCGUUACUGGAGGAGCUUCAUCUCUACUACACCUCAAUUACCAAAGAAGCUAUUGAAGCUGUGGGACGAAGUUGCCCUCGUCUGAAGUCAUUCAAAUUGAACAAGGCAGGGUGCACACGCUUUCACAUAUCUGGUGAUAAGGACGCACUAGCUAUUGCAGAAAACAUGCCUGAAUUACGCCACCUUCAGCUCUUUGGAAAUAAGAUGACAAAUGAUGGCCUGCAGGCCAUUCUUGAUGGUUGUCCUCAACUGGAAUCCCUUGAUCUGCGAUUAUGUUUCAACGUUAAUCUUGCAGGGAGUUUAGGAAGAAGAUGUUCUGAGCAGAUUAAAGAUCUGAGGCAUCCUGAUGACUCUACUGAGGACUAUGGAUUUUAUGCUGAAAUUAGUGAAUGUGAAUCGUGUGAUGAGGAGUAUCCAUCUGGGUUUUCUGACAUUGACAAUUUGUCUGAUUACGAUGAGUAUAAUGAUUUUUCUGGUGGCAGCAUCGACUUUUCUGACAAUGAGGGGAUCUUUUGA